AAGGGGCCGGGAGGCGAGCCGGGGUCCCCAGGCGGGUGUGGGCAUCGUAUCCUCAGCCAGCGUCCCCCGAGGCCGCGGUGGGGCCAUGAUCCACUCGGUGAAGCUGCGCCGCGACAGCGCGGCCGACUUCGUCUCGCACUAUGAGUACCUGUGCGCGCUGCAGGACUCGGUGCCUCUGCCCGCCGUGCGCGCUUCCCUGCGGGAGGGCGUGCUGGACUUCAACGCCGACCGCCUCCGCGGGGUGGACUGGGCGCCGCUCCUGAGCACCCUCAAGAUUAAUAAAGAUCUGCCCCUGAUCUGUAUCAAGAGCUUCUUCCAGCCAUGGCUUGGCGAGACAGGUUCUGACAGAAAUAAAGUUUACAGAAGUCGUGUUCCUGCGAUAAGAAAUAAAGAUGUGACCUUCCAGUUGUGUAAAGCUCUUAAAUGCUGUGUAAGUGCGUCGGGUGCGCUAAGGAACCUGGAGCUAAAUGGGCUAGUUCUGAGAGAGAGAGACUUAACUAUGUUAACAAAGGGAUUGAAUAAAUCGGCCACUUUGGUGCACCUGUGUCUUGCGAAUUGUCCACUUGGAGAUGGAGGUUUAGAAAUUAUUUGUCAAGGUAUAAAGAACUCUAUCACUCUUAAGACAGUAAACUUCACGGGGUGUAAUCUGACAUGGCAGGGAGCAGAUCACAUGGCCAAGAUCUUAAAGUAUCAGACUAUCAGAAGGCAUGAAGAAACCUGGGCUGAGAGUCUUCGUUACAGGAGACCUGAUCUUGACUGUAUGGCUGGUUUGAGGCGCAUCACUCUGAACUGCAACACGCUCAUUGGUGACCUGGGUGCAAGUGCUUUUGCAGAAUCUCUUAGUGAGGAUUUGUGGCUUAGAGCACUUGACCUGCAGCAGUGUGGCCUCACCAGUGAAGGAGCAAAGGCUUUACUAAAAGCCCUUGAAACCAACAGAACUCUGGUCAUUCUGGAUAUAAGAAAAAAUCCACUUGUUGAUCAUUCUGUGAUGAAAGCGGUUAUCAAAAAAGUUCUCCAGAAUGGAAGGAGUGCCAAGUCAGAGUACCAGUGGAUAACUUCUCCAUCUGUGAAGGAACCAUCCAAAGCUGCUAGGCAGAAAAAGAGAACUAUAAUUUUGGGAAGUGGUCGAAAAGGAAAAGCUACUAUUAGAAUUGGAUUGGCCACAAAGAAACCUGUAAGUAAUGGAAGGAAACACUCUGCUGGUAAAGAAUGUUAUGCUCCUGAACCUCUACCACCUGGUGUGUCUGGUUUCCUGCCGUGGCGUACUGCAGAACGUGCAAAAAGGAGCAGGGGUUUUCCAUUCAUCAAAGCUCGUGAUGUAUGUAAUCAGUUGCAGCAAUCAGAAUUUCCUGUGACUGUGACAGUAGAGAGUCCUUCCUCCUCAGAAAUCGAAGAGGUCGAUGAUUCCUCAGAAAGCAUUCAGGAAGAGCCAGAGAAAAUCAGUUUGAAACAAGAAGCAUUGCAGGAAAAACUGGAGGAGUGCCUAAAGCAGUUAAAGGAGGAAAGAGUAAUAAGACUUAAGGCUGAUAAACGAGUCAGUGAGCUGGAACAUGAAAACGCCCAGUUAAGAAAUAUAAAUUUCUCUUUGUCUGAAGCCCUUCAUGCACACUCAUUGACAAGCAUGAUCCUGGAUGAUGAAGGUGUUUUGGGCAGCAUUGAGAAUUCUUUUCAGAAGUUCCAUGCUUUCUUGGAUCUCCUUAAAGAUGCUGGGCUGGGGCAGCUGGCCACAAUGGCUGGUAUAGAUCAGUCAGAUUUUCAUUUACUAGGUCGUCCCCAGAUGAAUUCUACUGUUAGUAGUCCACCUAAAGAAGAAAAGAAGGCACUUGAAGAAGAAAAAUCAGAACCAAAGCAGAGUGCCCUAGGACAAAUGCAAAAUAUCCAAUUUCAGAAAAUUACAGGUGAUGCUAGGAUUCCUUUGUCUCUCGACUCCUUCCAGGUCCCAGUCUCUACUCAGGAGGCCUUAGAAACUUCCAAAGAUAACCUGGGGUUUCCAGUCACAGAGCAGCGGCAGGAGUCUUUUGAAGAUUUCAUUGCUAGAACAUGUCCUUCUUCAGUAGAUGUCAUUUCUGGAACUGGAAGUCAAAGAAAAGAAGAGGAAUUAUCUAGAAAUAGCAGGUCUUCUUCAGGGAAAAUGACCAAAGCAGGUGAAUAUACCAAAAAAUACUCUGCUAAGAAACAACCUGGGAAGGACCUGCAUUCCUGCUCUGACUCACCUGUAAAGCAGAAAAGCCAAGGAAUUGGGCAAAAUAAUUCUUUGGUUAAUAAACCAAUUAAAAGUGAGUCUUCGAAAAAACACAUUUCUGUUAAGAAAGAGAGUAGAAUAGUGACUGUUUCAUCAAAGACAACUAAAAGUAAACUCAGUCUACUAGAACAUUCUGAAAGUGAUACUCUUGGAUCUGAUUUUGAAUUUCAAGAAAGCAUCCAUACUCUAUCACGCCUAACAUAA